UCUCUCGUGAAAUCUGCUGUGAAAAAUCCUCCUCGCCGCCUCCAUCCAUCGUGCAAAACAGCCACGCGAGAGAGAGAGAGAGAGAGAGAGGAGAGAGAAACCGAGUCACUGGCUCACUGCCAGCCAGCCUACUGCAUUUAAACCCCCACUCUUCCAGCAAGAGGAGAGGGGGAAGAACACAACACAGCAGGUGAAGCGAGAGAGAGAGAGAGAAGCCACAGGCGCAGCCUCCUUGCUCGCAUCAUCAUCCAUGGCGGCGACCGCGCCUCGUCUCCUCCUGAUGGCUCUCAUGGCCGCCACCCUCGCCGGCCGGUCAGAGGGGGCGUGGUGCAUUUGCAGGCAGGACAUGCCGGACAGCACGCUGCAGAAGACGCUGGACUACGCGUGCGGCGACGGCGCCGACUGCAAGCCCAUCCAGCAGAGCGGCGCCUGCUUCAGCCCGGACACCGUCAAGGCCCACUGUUCCUACGCCGUCAACAGCUUCUACCAGCGCAACAACCAGAACUCCCAGGCCUGCGUCUUCUCUGGCACCGCCACCCUCGUCACCACCGACCCAAGCUCCAACGGCUGCAUGUACCCUGCCUCUGCUAGCGCUGCUGGGACGGGCACACCGACAAGCGGCACCGGGGGCAGCACUGGCGUGGACGGCCCUCCUGGAAUGGGGCUAGGUCCUUCAAGCUUCAACGACAACAGUGGCGCCAGCCUCCUCCCGGAGGUCGGAACGGCGAUGUGGAUACUGAUCCUCGCUUGCUCAAUCAUGGUUCUGAACUUUAGUUAGAGUUUAGGGCGUGCGAUGAGGAGACAAGACACCCCCUCUCCUCCCCCCUUACUGUUCAGGGGUCUUGUUUCUUGCACUUUUCUUUCUAGUGGUAGUGGUGGUGGUGGCAAGCAGAAAACGAACCCUUUGAUGACAAUGAUUGUAUUCCAUUCUGGUGAAGAAUUUGGGAGUGCUGAGACCCUAACGGGUUGCAUGUUGCUGUGCUGCCAUUUCCUCCUUUUUCGCUAUCUCUGCUGUAAAUUUUUAGUUCAUGCUAGGUGGGAGGGUUAUGUCUUGUUAUGAUCAGUUGUCCUGUGAAGCAUGGUUGCUCUGAAUCUCUCUCUGAUGAUGCUGAAUGGAGUGCCAUGGUUGAUAUA